AAGUGGGUUGACGACACAUUUUGAAGAGGACUGAACGCCAGUAACUCCUCGCCGGACAUAUGCUAUUAUGCCUCGCCUGCAACCUCGAUCCAUUCGCCCACCGCAACUCCCAUUCAGGCCGCGCGCCCGCCGACGGAGCGCUCGCCCUCGAGCCCCGCGAGGCUCUCCGUCUCCUCAGCCGAAGCGCCUCCACCACCCUGGGACAUGUCAAGCUCACCCACGCCCGCAUCCUCCGCUCUGGCCUGUCCCACGACCCCGCCCUCCUCCCCUCCCUCCUCCGCCUCUACUCCUCCCACUGCCGUCUCGAUCUCGCCGCCCGCCUCCUCGCCAUCUUCCCCGACCCUCCCACCAUCGCAUGGAACCUCAUGAUCCGCGCCCACGCCGGCGCGGGCGCCCCCCUCGACGCCGUCCUUGUCUAUAACCGCAUGCUCUCCCGCGGCCUCCGACCUGAUAAGUUCACCUUCCCCUUCGUCGUCAAGGCCUGUUCGAUGCUCCUGGAGGUUAGUAAGGGCAAGGAGGUCCACGCCUUUGCUAUCAAGUCUGGGUUCUGGCCUGACACGUUCCUGCAGAACGCCCUCAUUCAUCUCUACUUCUGCUGCGGCGACCCAGUGAGCGGGCGGAAGGUGUUCGACGAAAUGCCAGUUAAAAGCGUCGUGUCGUGGACCGCUCUGCUUUCCGGACUCGUGGCGUGCGGCGAGGUAGAGGCCGCUAGAACCGUCUUCGACAACAUGCCGAUCCGAAAUGUGGUGACUUGGACGGCGAUGAUCGACGGGUACGCGAGGAAUGGGCGCCCAGAUGAGGCGUUCAGGCUGUUCCGGAGGAUGCAGGACGACGACGUGAUGCCGAACGAGUUCACGGUGGUGGCGCUGUUGAUCGCGUGCGCAGAGCUUGGGAGCCUGAGUGUGGGCCGUUGGGUGCAUGAGUUUGCCCAAAAGAAUGGCGGACUCGACAAGGGCGUCUACGUGGGCACUGCGCUCAUAGAUAUGUACAGCAAAUGUGGAAGCUUGGAGGACGCGGUGAGAGUGUUUGAUCAUAUGCCAGUCAAGAGCGUGGCAACUUGGAACUCCAUGAUCACCAGCUUCGGCGUUCAUGGGCGGGGAAAGGAAGCGGUGGCUCUUUUCAUGGAAAUGGAGAAGGCAAAGGUGCUGCCGGAUGGAAUCACCUUUGUGGGCGUCUUGAGCGCCUGUGUGAGGGAGUGCAUGGUGGAGGAGGCCUGCAGGUUCUUUGGGUCCAUGGUCGAACGAUAUGGCAUCGGCCCAUGUCGCGAGCAUUACGACUGUCUCGUGGAGCUCUUGAAUCGUGCUGAUGACUCAGAUGAAGCAACCAAAAUAGUUGAUAAUUCGCUACAAAAGCUUGGCGUUGCUGCAAGACAAAUGCUGAAGAAAUUGUGCCAAACAAAUGCCGACAUGAGGCUCCAAAAAGUUGUUCAUCCUCAUGGAUUCGAAAACCUUCAAAAGCCUUGAGCGUGAAGUAGAAUAGUUUCAGCCUGGAAAACAAAGAUGAGUGCUGCCAAGACAUGGCCGACAAGUUUAUGCUGAGCAUUGCAACUCUAUUGCAGUGCUGGAUCCUGGAUUCCAGUCUCUGUAAACCAUAUAGUUCUGUCUACAGCUUCAGGUUCAGAAGAA